GUGGGCAAAAUUAAUCGACUUCUAUAAUGCCCCUCACUUAACUCCACAUCUCGCAACUCUACUUUUCAUUUUUCAAUUCAAGCCAACCAAGCAAAAGGGUCAAUCUUCCGUUCGAAGGGGCGAAAGAUCAGCCACCACGUCUCUCAGUUUCUCUCGGUGUGCAUUUUCUGUAGAGGGCUAAUUCGCAGUGACAAUGUCCAACAUAAUUCUUUUUGAGGAUAUUUUUGUUGCGGACAAGUUAGAUCCAGAUGGUAAAAAGUUUGCUAAAGUUACUCGAAUUGAAGCCCGUAGCGAGAACUGUGACAUGUUCAUGCUCCUAGAUGUAAUUGCGGAGAUAUAUCCAAUGAGGAAAGGAGAAAGGUUUACAAUGGCAUUAGCUGACACAUUGAAUUUGGACGGAACGCCUGAAACUGGCUAUUAUGCUCAGGGAGGAAAGAAAACAGUUGCAGACAAGUACGAAUACAUCAUGCAUGGAAAACUAUACAAGAUCACUGAGAAAAAUUCUGGCAAAGUGAUUAGGAAGGAGCUAUAUGUUUCAUAUGGUGGACUUCUAAUGAGGCUUAAGGGGGAUCCUUCUCAUUUCGCUCGGUUCAAGCUUGAUCAGAGCCUUUUUCUCCUCAUAAGGAAGUUGUAAAACUGCUUUUGCAACACUUAAACUUAGAUCUCUAAGCCUUGGAUCUAGCUUUGUUUUUCGGAUAAUCUGAUCUUAUUGGGAAGAUAUUUUGUUGUGAUGUUGGCAUGCAGCCUAUAUAUAUGCAAUAUAUCUAAUUUAGUUUUGUA